AUGAAGGCAGAAGCCACAGUUACCCCCAGCUCCGGUGCUUGGGGGCUCCCAUCCUGGCAAGUCCUCAGCUCAGCCCAGCCCUGGGAGACAAAUCUAUCCCAGAACAUGACCCAGCCCAGGAUCCUGGCUGCACGCCAGCACAAGGAGUCCCAGCAGAGGAGCGGCCUUCUCAAGGAGCUGGGGGCCUUCCACAUCGCCAUCGCUCUGCUGCACGUGGCCUUUGGGGGCUACCUGGCCUCUAGAGUCAAGAGCCUCCACCUGGUGGUGCUGAAGUCUUGGUAUCCAUUCUGGGGGGCUGCCUCUUUUCUCAUUUCAGGGAUCUUGGCGAUAACAAUGGAGACCUUUUCUAAAGCUUACCUGAAGAGGUUGUGCCUGGUGACGAACCUCAUCAGCCUCCUUUGCGUGCUGUCCGGCCUCUUUGUCAUUGCCAAGGAUCUCUUUCUGGAAAGCCCAUUUGAGUCCCCCAUUUGGAGAAUGUACCCCAACUCCACGGUCCACAUCCAGAGGCUAGAGCUGGCAUUGCUCUGCUUCACUGUCCUAGAGCUCUUCCUGCCGGUGCCCACGGCUCUCACAGCCUGGAAAGGGGACCGCACAUCUGCAAAGAACAAUGAUGAUGCAUGCCUUGUUCCAAACCCACCACUGCAUCUCAAAGGCCUGCCGGUGGAGCCCCCACCAUCCUACCAGAGUGUGUUCAAGGUCACGCCUGCCCAGUACAAGCAACAUCAGAGGCUCAGAGAAGUUAAUCAAGUUGCCCAAGGCACGUGGAUAUUCAGUGACGGAGCUCGGACCUGGAUCCAGACUGCAAAUUGA